UCCUCAAGAAAUAUUACGCAGCUGGAAACCGAGCGUGGGUGCUGUGGGCGGGUUGAUUCUAAAUCAAAAAAAGAGAGAAAAAGUAGUACGAAUCAUCAACAGUGGCAAAAGAAUUAAAUGCAAUGUGUGACGUCGGCGACAGUGUAAAUCUGCUGCGUGUGCUAAUCAAUUGCGCCGAGAAAGCGGCAAACAUUGCGCGCUUGUGUCGCUCCAACGAAGAUUUGUUGAACCUUUUGGUACAGGAAAAGACCGGAGCAGAGGCCAACGCGCGUUUUGAACAUGAUUUCAAGACGCUAGCUGAUGUGCUAAUUCAGGAGACUAUAAAACAUGAUGUUGCAACUUGGUUUCCAGCUAUGCGCGAAGCCAUACUAGGCGAGGAGUCGCCAAAUUUCACUAAUAAGCUGGAUGAAAAUGUCACCAUAGCCGUGGGUGCCACCGAAAAGGACACCACAGCCUGUCUGGAGUCGGUGCUCACUGGACAUGAACAGGCAGCGGCUGCUUUGGCCGCAGAGGUGCAUCGCGUUGUCAACACCGAAACUGAACUGGAACUGGGCGAUCUACCUGAGCUACCUGAGCAGCUGGACUACAAUAAUCUGGGCGUUUGGAUUGAUCCCAUCGAUGCCACUGCCGAGUAUAUUUCCGGCGAUACAAUUUUCACAAACUUCCCAGGUAUUACCUCAACGGGUCUAGACUGCGUAACCGUGCUCAUCGGCGUUUAUGAACGGGACACGGGAGUACCUGUAAUAGGCAUUGUUGCCCAGCCCUUUGGAAAAAAGCUGGAAGAACAUGUUUAUAAGACAUCGCUGUAUUGGGGUGUUUGUUUGUCCACCUUACAGGCACACAAUUGCAACUUUGAGGCGCGCGACAAGCAUCGUAAGCUUUGCAUUUUCUCAAGCUCUGAACAGUCGGACAUUUUACAGAAUCUUAUUGAGCUGGGCUAUGAGAUUGCCUUUUCGGCUGGCGCGGGACACAAGGCCCUAAAGGUGCUCACCCACGAGGUGGACGUCUAUGUGCUCAGCAAAGCCUCCACCUUCAAAUGGGACACGUGUGCUCCGCAGGCUAUACUACGCGCCCUAGGAGGCAAUAUUUACGACUAUAAGGCUAGCGUAAAGCAGCAACAGGCGAUCCCUCUGAACUAUACGGCUACUGCUGAAGAUGCAGAAGAAGGGGACUGGAAACGCAAUACGGGCGGACUUAUUGCUGUACGAAAUGUCGACGCCUUGGAAGCGCUGCUCAACAAAUUGGGGGAUCAGUAAUUGAAUACGACUCCAAACUAUUCAUCACCCCAUUUAUUUAUUGAUACCGAUAUAUUGAUAUGGAUGUUGUUAUUGUCUGUUGUAUAUCAUAACUAUGAAUGCUUCCGAAUGAAAAAUAUAAACAAUCGUAUAAUUUGUAA